AUGUCAUUAAUCGGUCAAGCUAUUUUGGCUGCUCCUGGAAUGUUUCGUCAGCGGGUUUGCAACAACAAUAAGGCGAAAGAAAUCAAAGCCAGUGAAGAAAAUGCUUUCGUCUCCGGAUCUGGGGAAGCAAUAAACUCUUCAAGUAAUGGAACGGUUGAAGUCCUACAACCAGGUGUUCCAAAACUGAAACCUUCCUCUCAAGAAUUGGCAACAAAAUUUUGCUUACAUAGUACGAUCUGUGGAAGCAUACAUAGACCUACACCUCAACAACCUGAAAUAACAUAUAAUACUAUAAUGAGGUGUAUACAGGACAAACAAAACAGAAAAUACAACCUGGAAACUGGGUGUUACUGA